AUGUCUCAUGUAUCUGACAUGAAAAUUUUAUUUUCUAGGUUGUGUUCGUUUAAAAAUGGGUUACCUACAUUCAAACAUGGUAGAACCUUCAGUCAGAAUGUUGAAAGACCACCCCAGCCUUUACCAAAAGAAAGUGUCACACCCUUACCUCCUUUAUCUGAGCCAAUGUCAAAUCUGCCUCCAGUUGUGUAUGCCUCUUCAAAAUCAGAGAACUAUACAACUGAAGUAACAACUCUUAGCAAUGGAUUAAGGGUGGCUUCUGAGAAAAAGUUUGGUCAAUUUUGUACUGCUGGUGUGGUUAUUGAUUCUGGCCCAAGAUAUGAAGUUGCAUAUCCAAAUGGUAUCUGCCAUUUCCUUGAAAAAUUAAGUUUUGGGGCUACCCACAAAUAUCCAACCCGUGAUGUGAUGUUGAGGGAAUUGGAGCGUCACGGAGGCAUAUGUGACUGUCAGGGCUCCAGGGAUACUACAGUGUAUGCAACCAGUGCUGAUUCACGAGGUUUGGAAGCUGUUACUCAGGUGCUUGCUGAAGUGACAUUGAGACCCAUGCUUUCAAGUGAAGAAAUUGAAGGUGCAAGGCAAGCUGUUGCAUUUGAAUUGGAAACACUCUCCAUGAGACCAGAACAAGAAACAAUAUUGAUGGAUAUGAUACAUGCUGCUGCUUAUAGAGGGAAUACUUUAGGUCUACCAAAGAUUUGUCCCAUGGAAAAUGUUUAUAAAAUAGAUAAAGGCAUUAUCCUUACCUAUUUGAAGAAUCAUUACACACCAGACAGAAUGGUUGUUGCGGCUGUUGGAGUAGACCAUGAGCCGUUUGUGGAAUAUGUUCAAAAGUAUUUCGUAGACAUGAAGCCAACCUGGCAUUCAGAAGACAGUGACACAUUCAAAGCACAGACUGACAAAUCCAUUGCACAAUACACCGGUGGAUUGGAAAAGGAGGAAUGUGAAAUUCCAUUAUACCCGGGAUCAGAUUUACCUGAACUAUCCCAUGUUGUUAUUGGAUUGGAGAGUUGCUCUCACAGUGACCCUGACUUUGUGGCAACCUGUGUGUUGAAUAUGAUGAUGGGUGGUGGUGGCUCAUUCAGUGCUGGUGGUCCAGGCAAGGGAAUGUACACUCGCCUUUACACCAAUGUAUUGAAUCGUUAUCACUGGAUGUUCAAUGCAACAUCAUACAACCACGCGUAUGGUGACACCGGUCUGAUGUGUGUGCACUCCGCUUCACCGCCCGCUAGGCUACACGACACCGCGCUAGUUAUUGCCCGGGAACUGGCCAACAUGGCUGGACACGUCGGGGAAACUGAGCUCAGACGUGCCAAAACGCAAUUACAAUCGAUGUUACUGAUGAAUCUCGAGGCAAGACCCGUAGUGUUUGAGGACAUCGGGAGACAAGUGCUGGCUACCGGCAAACGAAAACCACCAUCAUUCUUUAUUAAUGAAAUUGAAAAAAUCACUGGUGAGGACAUAAUACGCGUAGCUCGUCGUAUGCUCAGCAAGAAGCCAUGCGUAGCAGCGAGAGGCAAACUCUCGAACCUUCCCAGCUUCGAAGACAUUCAAUCCAAUAUGACCGUCAAAAACGACACGAGCGGAAGACGGCUUAACUUCUUCCGCGCAUAG